AUGUUUUACGUUAUUGGUGGCAUCACAGUGUCUGUGGUUGCAUUCUUCUUCACAAUUAAGUUCCUCUUUGAGCUUGCCGCACGUGUAGUCAGCUUCCUCCAGAAUGAGGACCGAGAGCGCCGAGGGGACCGGACUAUAUAUGACUACGUGCGGGGAAAUUACCUGGAUCCCCGGUCUUGCAAAGUCUUCUGGGAUUGGAAGGACCCCUAUGAGGUGGGCCACAGCAUGGCCUUCCGAGUGCAUUUAUUCUACAAGAACGGGCAGCCCUUCCCUGCACACAGGCCUGUGGGACUGAGAGUCCACAUCUCUCAUGUUGAGCUGGCAGUGGAAAUUCCAGUGACCCAGGAAGUCCUCCAGGAGCCCAGUUCCAACGUGGUCAAGGUGGCCUUCACUGUGCGCAGAGCUGGGCGGUAUGAAAUCUCAGUGAAGCUGGGUGGACUAAAUGUGGCCUAUAGUCCCUACUACAAGAUUUUUCAGCCUGGAAUGGUGGUUCCUUCCAAGACCAAAAUCGUGUGUCAUUUUUCUACCCUGGUGUUGACCUGUGGGCAGCCGCACACUCUUCAAAUAGUGCCCCGAGAUGAGUAUGACAACCCUACCAACAAUUCCACGUCCUUGAGAGAUGAGCACAACUACAGCCUGUCCAUUCAUGAGCUUGGUCCUCCAGAAGAGGAGAGUACUGGUGUCUCAUUUGAGAAGUCAGUGACGUCCAACCGGCAGACCUGCCAGGUGUUCCUGCGGCUCACCUUGCAUUCUCGAGGCUGCUUCCAUGCCUGCAUCUCAUACCAAAACCAGCCAAUCAACAAUGGUGAAUUUGACAUCAUUGUCCUAAGUGAGAAUGAGAGGAAUAUUGUUGAACGCAACGUGUCCACCUCAGGAGUGAGCAUUUACUUUGAAGCUUAUCUGUAUAAUGCUGCCAACUGCACCAGCACGCCGUGGCACCUUCCGCCCAUGCACACGAGCUCUGCCCAGCGCCGGUCCUCCACAGCUCUGGAGGAGGAAGAUGAAGACUCAUCCUCUGAGUGUCACACCCCUGAGAAGGUGAAGAAACCGAAGAAGGUGUACUGCUACGUGUCACCAAAGCAAUUCUCAGUGAAGGAGUUCUACCUGAAAAUCAUUCCCUGGCGCCUUUACACCUUCCGGGUGUGCCCUGGAACCAAAUUUUCAUACCUUGGCCCUGACCCUGUCCAUAAGCUGCUCACCCUUGUGGUGGAUGACGGCAUUCAGCCUCCGGUGGAGCUCAGCUGUAAGGAGAGAAACAUCUUAGCAGCCACGUUUAUCCGCUCGCUCCAUAAAAACAUAGGAGGCUCCGAGACCUUUCAGGACAAGGUGAACUUUUUCCAUCGAGAGCUUCGGCAGGUACAUAUAAAAAGACCACAUUCUAAAGUCACCCUGAAGGUCAGCAGACAUGCCUUGUUGGAAUCAUCUCUGAAAGCCACUCGGAAUUUUUCCAUCUCAGAUUGGAGCAAGAACUUUGAAGUGGUUUUUCAGGAUGAAGAAGCUCUGGACUGGGGAGGGCCUCGUCGGGAAUGGUUUGAGUUAAUCUGCAAAGCACUAUUUGACACCACCAAUCAGCUCUUCACCCGAUUCAGUGACACCAACCAAGCAUUAGUGCACCCCAACCCUAAUCGCCCCACUCACCUGCGCCUAAAGAUGUAUGAGUUUGCAGGGCGCCUGGUGGGCAAGUGUCUCUAUGAGUCCUCUCUAGGAGGCACCUACAAGCAGCUGGUCCGUGCUCGCUUUACCCGUUCUUUCUUGGCCCAGAUCAUAGGACUGCGCAUGCAUUACAAGUAUUUUGAAACAGAUGACCCAGAAUUCUACAAAUCUAAAGUUUGUUUCAUCCUCAACAAUGACAUGAGUGAGAUGGAGCUGGUCUUUGCAGAAGAGAAAUAUAAUAAAUCAGGUCAAUUGGAUAAGGUUGUAGAACUUAUGACAGGUGGAGCUCAAACCCCUGUCACCAACGCAAAUAAAAUCUUCUAUUUAAAUUUGCUGGCCCAGUAUCGACUGGCCAGCCAAGUGAAAGAGGAGGUGGAACAUUUCCUAAAAGGCCUGAAUGAGUUAGUCCCUGAAAACCUCUUGGCUAUUUUUGAUGAGAAUGAGCUUGAGCUGCUGAUGUGUGGGACUGGGGACAUCAGUGUAUCUGACUUCAAAGCCCACGCAGUGGUCAUUGGUGGCUCGUGGCAUUUCAGAGAAAAGGUCAUGAGGUGGUUUUGGACCGUGGUUUCCAGUCUGACACAGGAAGAGUUGGCUCGGCUGCUGCAGUUCACCACAGGCUCCUCUCAGCUGCCACCCGGAGGCUUUGCUGCCCUCUGUCCCUCCUUCCAGAUUAUCGCGGCCCCGACCCACAGCACGCUCCCAACUGCACACACGUGUUUCAACCAGCUGUGCCUCCCUACGUAUGACUCCUACGAAGAGGUGCACAGGAUGCUGCAGCUGGCCAUCAGCGAGGGCUGCGAGGGCUUUGGCAUGUUCUGA